CACCAACCUCAGUAGAAUCAUUUCACCGCAUUAACUUCACGCAAGCGAUCCACAAAGCACUCAACUGACCAGACAUCAACACAUCAGCAUCACAUUGCACCAAUCCACCAUCGUCCCAAGAUGUCCACUUCAACCUCCGGCGGAGCUUCCUUUGUCGUCCAACCUCCCGAGUUUAUUCUAACCAAGCAAAACAUCAAGAUCCUCGCCGUCGUUCGAUACGGGCCCUUACCUUCUACGCUACUUCCAGAGGACCUUCACGCCUUCUUCUGCCUCGGAGACCCGACCACCAAUAAGCCUUUGGCAGACAUAAGCGUACGCCCAGUCCAAACGGGCCAGGGCCUGGCCGUCACCGGUGUGGCUCUCCCUGGGGAAGAAUCAUACGCCUUCUUUCUCUUUCACAACGCCAAGUUUCCCAAAGAGGGUACCUACAAGAUGGGCGUUUCAAUCAAUGAGGAUAAGAUUGACGUGACCAAUCUGGCGCAGCUUUGGUCGAGGGAGUUUACGGUGGGCGAGGUGGCGGGGGAUAUGAGACGUUCUCCCCAAGAACAGCGGAUUAUCAACAAGCUCAAGGAAGAAGGGGUUUUUGGUGCGAACUAGAGCCCAUAGUUUUAUCGAGUUAGACACUUGCCUCUUCUUGUUGCUGGGAGGCUGAAAGGCUGGAAAGGGCCUGAACGAGAAGCCAAUUUACACAGCACUAUCUGUCGUACGGUGCUGGGUCAGGAUUCGUGGGGUUCUUCAAGGCGUCAUACGGUGUUUCCAAUGGAUUUGCUACGAAUAACUACCGAGAGGCAAAGUUGGAAAUUUUAUGGGUUGACCUAGGUACACUGAGUUUCAUGGGAUUGAGAGGAUUUUUGGGUUGAGAAUUUGGGAUAAAGCCGGCUGGCACGGCUAUGUAAAAUGGGCAAUGAUAAUGCCGACGUA